UAGAGAAACCCUAGCUAGCCUAAAUUGGAACCUUGACACACCAUCCAUGGAAUCACCAACUCUAGAGGAGUGGCCGGAGCCGAUCGUGCCCGUCCAAUCCUUAUCAGACCGCGGGGUCACCGCCGUCCCCGACCGCUACGUCAAGCCUCCGAGCCAGCGCCGGCUUCUCGCUGGAGACGACGACCGGAGCGACAGCCCGAACAUCCCGGUGGUCGACAUCGGCGGGCUGGUCGCGACCGUUGACGGGUCGGGGGAGGGCCGCUGCCGCCGCAGCGAUGACGCGGCCAUGCAGGCGAUAUCGGAGGCAUGCAAGGAGUGGGGGUUCUUCCAGGUGGUGAACCACGGCGUGAGCCACGGCGUCGUCGAGAGGAUGAGGGGGGUGUGGAGGAGCUUCUUUCGCCUCCCCAUGGAGGAGAAGAAGAUGUACACAAAUUCCCCUAAGACUUAUAAUGGAUAUGGUAGCCGUGUUGGGGUUGAGAAGGGUGCAGUUUUAGAUUGGGGUGACUACUUCUUUCUCACUGUUCUUCCUGAGUCCGCACAAAUACUUGAUAAGUGGCCCAAAGUUCCCCAUAAUUUGAGGGAGAUCACUGAGGAGUAUGACCAUGAAAUGCUGAAGCUGUGUAGGGUGUUAACAAAGGCAAUAUCAGCAGGCUUGGGCUUGGAUGAGAACUACAUAUAUAGAGCAUUUGGAGGAGAGGAUGUUGAGGCUUGUGUGAGGGCGAACUACUACCCGAAGUGCCCACAACCUGAUCUCACCCUCGGCCUCUCGCCGCACUCUGACCCGGGCGGAAUCACCGUGCUCUUGGCCGACGACCACGUCAAGGGCCUGCAGGUUCGCAAGGGCGAUGAAUGGGUCACCGUCAAGCCGAUCCCUGGAGCCUUUGUCAUCAACGUCGGCGACCAGGUUCAGGUGAUAAGCAAUGCCAAGUACAAAAGUGUGGAGCACCGAGCACUGGCCAACGCAGUCGAGCGCUUCUCCAUAGCCUUCUUCUUCAACCCUAACGGCCGUGUGCCCAUCGGGCCAGCUCAAGAGCUCAUCACACCGCAAUCUCCUCCUUUGUACCACCCGGUCACGUACAACGAGUAUCGGUUGUACGUGCGCAAGAGGGGUCCUCAUGGCAAGUCGCAGAUCGAUUCUCUCACCGCUUCUUAGAAUUGGCACAGAGAUCUUAUCAUACUUGGACAAUCUCAUUCACAAGGUGGAGAUGUAUAGACCUUACCUGAAUUGCAGCACAUUUUGAAACGAGUAUCUGAACGUCAAAAAAUUUGGCUUUUGCUACCUAAUUUUAAAAGUAUUCAUCAUGCUCUUUUUCAAACUCAAAUAGAAUUUUAUGGUUUUUAUUAGAAAAUUUAAACAAAUGUUGAUUUGGACAUACAAAGCUAAAUAUAUUGCAAGAUUAGAUAGUAAGAUCUAAACUUUUAAACUUCAGAUAUAUACUUGUUUCAGAAUGCAGCAUAUUCCAGGCAAGUAACAAACAUUUUUACCAAAUUUAUAAUGUUAUCGAUUGGCUUCUACCUUAGCCAAAUAAUAAAAACAUAUUAUGUUUUGGUUUGUGGUGUUGUAUCUUGGAUUGUUAGUAGUAAAACAAUAGGGAAUGAUUUGUGCAUGUCGCUUAUGUUAUGA